UUAAUACAUUUGAAAAACAAAUCAAGCUUUGAAUCAAUCAUGAAGAAUAACAUUCUCUUAUUAUUGAUUCUUCUCUUUCUAAUUCAAUUUUCUGUAUCGCUUUCUUCCUCAAAUGAGACUGACCAAAGAGCUCUACUAGCUUUCCAUAAUCUUAUUACAACUCCCACUAAUUUUUUGGCUAAUAAUUGGACCAAAAAUACCUCUUUUUGCUCUUGGUUUGGUGUCACUUGCAGCCCAAAAAGGCAAAGGGUUGUUGCCUUGGAUCUUCCUAAUUUGCAACUUCAAGGCACAAUCUCCCCGUCUUUGGCCAAUUUGUCCUUCCUCACUGUUCUCAAUCUCCAGAAUAACAGCUUCCACGGUGGCAUCCCUUAUGGACUUGGUCACCUGCCUCGCUUGCGAGUGGUUGACGUUAAAAACAAUCAGCUCAACGGAAGUAUACCAACAAGUCUAUUUCAAAACCGGAGAGUUGAAGUAAUUUCAUUGGGUUUCAAUGAACUCAGUGGUGAAAUGUGGAGAGGGCCAUGGUAUGUACCCCAACUCAGAGUCUUAAAUCUCAGGAACAAUAGCCUCACAGGUAUGAUCCCUCCUUCUGUUGGAAAUGCCACAAAAAUGAUGAACUUCCGUUUGUCUGGGACUAGAGUCAGGGGCAACAUUCCAAAGGAGGUUGGUAAUCUGAGCCAGCUUGCAUCAUUAUCCUUGAGAGAUAAUCAAUUAACAGGUUCCAUUCCUCCAACACUGUUUAAUAUAUCGUCUCUACUUUCUUUAUCUCUGGCAAACAAUAGCCUUUCCGGUCCUCUCUUGCUUGAUGAAGGAAAUAUUGUCUCAAAUCUCAACAUCAUAAAUAUACCUUACAACCAAAUUUCUGGUUCCAUUCCUUCCAACAUAUGCCAACUCACACAGCUCAAAGCUUUGUCCAUAUCUUUCAACAACAUAAAUGGAGAAAUACCCAGAAAUAUUGAUUGUUUAUCAAAACUCGAGAUGUUUUUUUUUGGUGAUAAUCCAAUAAAAGGGACUAUUCCCAUUUCAUUGGGAAACAUUUCCACUCUGCAAUAUCUUUAUUGUAAAAACAGUCGUAUAGUGGGGCAAAUUCCUCCAGAAUUAGGAAGGCUAUCAAAUUUGAGGAAAUUAAGCGUUGCUCAGAAUUAUAAUCUUAUGGGUGAAAUUUUCAACAUAUCUUCUUUGGAACUGAUCGAUUUCAGUUUCAAUAAACUCUCGGGAAGAAUUCCAAGCACUACAGGUCUUCAUCUUCCCAACCUUGAAGGACUUAACUUGGCACAGAAUCAGCUUGAAGGGGAGAUUCCAUUGUUCAUAACAAAUGCUUCCAAGCUUGAGAUACUGUCGCUGGAAAAUAAUUUUCUCACAGGAACUAUUCCUACUAAUUUAGGAAAUCUUCGUGAGCUGCAAGGACUGCUCCUACAUCAUAAUCAACUUACCAAUGAACCAACAGAGCGUGAGUUGCGAUUCUUCAAUUCUUUGGCGGACUGUAGGAUGUUGAGAUAUCUACAAGUGGGUAAAAAUCCGUUGAGUGGCGUUCUGCCAAAUUCUAUUGGGAAUCUCUCAUCUACUAUUGAAAACUUUAAUAUAGCAAAUGCGCACAUCAAUGGCCUCAUUCCCACUAGUAUAGGCAACAUGAGCGGUCUUACAUCCUUAGACAUUCAAGACAACAACUUGGCAGGGAAUAUCCCUUCCGAGUUUGGUAAGCUUAAACAAAUCCAAGGUCUGUUGCUAUCUUACAAUAAAUUGCAGGAACAUAUUCCAGAGGCAGUAUGCCACUUAUCUAAUUUGGUUAAACUACUUCUGGAUGGGAAUGAGCUCACUGGAUUAAUUCCAGAAUGCUUAGGAAAUCUUAGCAUGCUACAAUAUCUUCAUUUGGGUUCUAAUAAAUUUUCAUCAGAAUUUCCAUUGCGCCUUUGGAAAAUGAGUGGUCUUCUCUAUCUAAACGUGUCACAGAAUUCAAUAGAGGGAGAAAUUCCAUCAGAUAUUGGAGAACUAAAAGCCAUUCUAGGACUAUAUCUUUCCAGUAACCACUUUUCAAGUGUGAUACCAACCAGAUUGGGGGAACUCCAAAACCUGCAGUCUCUUGACCUGUCGAACAAUUCAUUUUUUGGGGAAAUUCCAUUAUCCUUUGCCAACCUGAUAAGCUUAGAAUUCUUGGAGUUGUCUUCAAAUGCAUUGUCAGGUACUAUUCCUAAGUCUUUGGAAAAGCUCUCAUACCUCAAAAGCAUUAAUGUUUCAUUUAAUGAUUUAGAAGGUCAAAUACCGAGUGGUGGUGUGUUUGCAAAUUCCACUCGGCAAUCAUUUCUCGGGAACAAAGGUCUUUGUGGAAUGCACAUAUUGGAGAUUCCUGCUUGUGUUAUCACUAAUCCUGGAAAACAAUCAAAGCUUAAGGAGGUUCUGAUAAAAAUUGUUACUCCAGUGAUUAUUGCAUCCUUUCUAAUAUUCUUGUUGGUUUCAAUUUGGAUAAUGAAAAGACACAAUAAAGGGAAGUCCAAAGAUGUGGAGAAGGUACUGGAGAUUAAGACUCAUCAAUUAGUUUCUUAUUACGAGAUUCAACGAGCAACAAAUAAUUUUGAUGAAUCCAAUUUAAUUGGUGAGGGAAGCUCUGGCUCUGUGUACAAAGGUGCAUUGUUUGGUGGAACUGCAGUGGCCAUUAAGGUUCUGGAUUUGGAAAAUGAGCAAGUAUGCAAGAGGUUUGAUACCGAAUGUGAAGUGAUGAGAAAUGUUAGACACAGAAAUCUUGUUUCAGUGAUUACUACGUGUUCUAGUGACUAUAUAAGAGCCUUUGUUCUGCAAUUUAUGCUCAAUGGAAGUCUUGAGAAUUGGUUGUACAAAGAAGAUCGGCACUUGAACCUUCGUCAAAGAGUCGCUGUGAUGCUUGAUGCAGCUAUGGCAGUUGAAUAUCUACAUCAUGGUCAUGUAACUCCAAUAGUUCAUUGCGACUUAAAGCCAGCCAACAUUCUUUUGGAUGAAGAUAUGGUAGCUCAUGUUGGUGAUUUUGGCAUCUCUAGAAUUUUAGCCAUAAGCAAGUCAAUGGCUUAUACAGAAACAUUGGGCACUCCUGGAUACAUUGCACCAGAAUAUGGCUCGGAGGGAAUAGUGUCUGCUAGUGGUGAUGUUUAUAGCUACGGCAUCAUGUUGAUGGAGGUUUUGACGAAAAGAAGGCCAACAGAUGAAGAGAUAUGUAGUGACAAUCUUGACUUGAGGAAAUGGAUAACACAAUCAUUUUCAGGGAAUAUGAUGGACGUUGUGGAUGUCAAUCUUUUUUCUGAGGAAGAACAAAUCACUAGUAAAAGUGAAAUGUGCAUAGCGUCGAUGAUAGAAUUGGGUUUAGACUGCACAAAGGAAAGUGCAGAAUCAAGAGUGACCAUGAAAGAAGUAGUAAAGAGGCUUUGCAAAAUCAACAACGCAUUUCUGGAAACGUAAAAGUGGUUAGCAUCUUUUGUGAGCUGCAAGUUAAUAUGAUGGUUUUUGUUUCUUCAGUUAAGUCUUCGUAUAGUAAUAUUGGAGCUAGUCAGUAGUCAUAUGUUGUUUGUAAUUUCAUUUGAGUGGUUUUGACCCUGUUUUAUUUUAUGUAUAUAUUUGUAUUUAUGUUUUGAA